AUGCAAUGGAUUGAGCGGCCAAGCGUUGAUGGAUGCCGACUGCUCAUUCUUGAUAGUCUUAAAGUUCAUAGAAUGGCUUCGGUGGGAGCGGCACUGCGUAAAUGCUGUACGCAGGUGCAGUUUGUGCCUGUAAUGGGCUCACUGUGUGCCCACUACUUCGGCUUACACGUUAGCGCACGUGUAUGA